AUUAUUAGGGAGUUCCAAACACUUUCUCACCCUAUUAUACUAUUACCCAGUCCAGAAGAAACUAUCCCUCUAAAGGCCCACCCACCUCUUUUUCUCUCUCUCUCUCUCUCUAAACACCCACAACACAACAACCGAAUCCUUUUUUUUUUUGUUUUGUUAAACAAAACAGAGAAAAAAAAAGUUGUGAAUUUUCCAGUUGCGUUUCUGUUCCAUACAAUUUCGAUUUCAAUGGCGAGGCCUAAUCAGGAGGCAGUUGAGACGUUCGUCAGCAUCACUGGUUUGCCAGAAGCAGUAGCGCUACAAAAACUUGAGGAGCAUGGUGGUAAUCUCAAUGAAGCAGUCAAUGCACAUUUUACUGAAGGAGACAGAAAUCUAACGACCGGUUCUCACAACAGCUCUGCUGUAUUUCCUCAAGAUGAUUUCAUGGAUAUAGAUGACGAACAUGAUGCAGAAAUUCCCAGAAGAAUUCCACCACUACUUCCAGCUUCUGCAGCAAAUGUCAAUCCGUUUUCUCUUCUUGAUCCAACAAUUGGGAGAGGUAUAUUUGGUACUCGUUUCGAUUCAACAGUCGAGGCACCAUUUGUUACACAUCCAAGAGAGGUAAGGGAGAUUCCUAUAGAGGUUAAGGAUGGUAGUCAAUCCACUCCUCAAGCUGGUCAUGUUCCAUCCAUUGAAGAUGUCACUGGAAAUGUUGAUGCCCAUGGUCCAGAUAUCCAUGGGACUGUCAUAAUUGAUGAUGAAGAUGACGAAAAUAUUCCACCUGCCCAGAUUGCACAUCAAGAUGAGCAAACACACAAGAUCUUGGCUGACACUUCACUCAAUAGCAGUGCUAGGCCUAGUGCUCCUGAAUCUGAGAAUUUGCCAGAUUAUAGCAAUGACAUAGAAGAAGAAAUGAUUCGUGCAGCCAUUGAGGCUUCUAAACGGGAGGCUGAGGAAAAUUAUAGAAAUCACAAACUUGGCAGACAAAUUGACUUAAGUGAAUCAGGAUCACAGCCAAGACAAUCUUAUUUGGAGGAUCCUGAGCUUGCCCAUGCAGUUUCAUUGUCCCUGAAGACAGCUGAGCAAGAAAAAGCAUUGCAAGUACAGGGGGGAGAUUCUGGAUCACCAACAGCAGGGCCAUCUAAGUCAUCAGAGGCUGGACUAGGGGAAAUGACAUCAAAUGGAAGAUUGCAGGCAGGAAGCUUGUCAUUUCAUGAUGAAGCUGAAGAUGUAGAGGAGCAGCCACUGGUUAGGAAUAGAUCUAGACAUAUGUCUUCAGGAUCCGCAGGAUUGGACAAAGAUGUUGAACUUGCUGAGGCUAGCACACUACCAAGCACAGCAACAGUGACUGCAACACAGGAUACUAGUAAUCCUCAUCAUAAUGGAAAUUCCUUCCCAGAUGAGUGGGGUGGCAUUUCUUCAGAGGAGCAUGAUGAAGCAGUAAUGCUAGAAGCUGCAAUGUUUGGUGGAAUUCCAGAAGGGACUGGGUAUCGCUAUGGUUAUGCACCGCAUGAGUUUAUGCAAAAUAGGGGUUUCAAUCCCCGGCCCCAAUAUCGCCCUCCUUCACCAUCACUGGCUGCUCAACGCUUGAUAAGGGAACAACAGGAUGAUGAAUAUCUUGCAUCGUUACAAGCAGACAGAGAAAAAGAAUUGAAGGCCAUGGAGGAAGCUGAGGCUGCUCGUGAAGAGGAAAGACGGAUAGCAGAAGAAUCUCGCAGGAAAUUACAGGAAGAGCAGGAAUUGGAAACAAAAUUAGCAGCCAAAGAAGUCUCACUACCACCAGAACCAUCCACAGAUGAUGAUAAUGCCGUGAACUUGAUGGUAAAAAUGCCAGAUGGCAAUCGUCGUGGACGUCGAUUCCUAAGAUCUGAUAGGCUACAGUCUCUUUUUGACUACAUAGAUAUUGGUAGGGUGGUGAAACCAGGCAAUUACAGACUGGUGAGACCAUAUCCUAGGCGUGCUUUUAGUGAUGGAGAAAGUGCUGCGACAUUGGAUGAACUUGGCCUAACCAACAAGCAAGAAGCUUUGUUUUUAGAGUUAAUCUGAUGCCUUGAUGCAGUUUGCUACAAAACAAGCUAUUGAAGUUUUUAGUUUAUUAAAAUUAAAAUAUGAAUCACAAUACACAGACGGAUGUGGCAUUUUAGUUUUAAUCUGGGUUUCUACUGUUUGGGUGAUGCAAUUUAUAAAUUUACAGAUCUAUAAGAUCAACAUACAGUACCGUCAGAGCUUUACUUGUGAUGACUAAAUCGUUAUGGCGAAUGUUUUGUAUAUUUUGCGGUAGGAUUGAAAUAAUUCAUGAUUAUUGAUUAAUGAAAUUGCAACUACCAUUUUCCCUUA